UCGCCUCGUCAAUGCUCGCUUCGCUAUCAGACAGUUGUUAGACCGCGCGAAGACCGUCAGGCAAUGGUCAUCGACCCUUUGACAAAAGAACGUCGGGAGGUACCUUUCACAGAACUAGAAAAAGCCCACAUUGCGCUAGGCCGUCAUUCGGUGCAGCAGCAGUACGAUCAUGAUGCCGACGGUUUGCAGCGACCAUGGAAGCUGGUGAAUGGAUUUCCACCGGACCACUUGAAAAAAUUAGCCGACAUGAAAAUAGAAACUGGAUUAUCACCUGCGUCCAUUAUUUCGAACAUAGAGGAGAAGCGGCAAGCAAUGGAAAAGUCUAAGAUGGAGUUAGCAGAAAAAAAGAAGAUCGAGGAACGUGAGAGACCUGUAAUAAAACUUCGUAUAAUGUAUGCUAUCGCCUUCUCAUCCAGAGAUAAUCGUGUCUCUUCGUCAACCAGCGGUGAAAGCCGGUGA